UAAGCGUGAGGGACUUUGUUUAGACGAGCGUGGGAAAGGGUGGGGAGAGUGGAUUGGUCCGAGGACGGGAUUCGCUCUAAUCGACCACUGCUGCUACCUCCCGCCGUCUACACCCCUUCCCCUCCUUCCUCCACAUUCCUCGCCAUGAAGGCCCUCAGGAAGUCCCUCACUUCAAAGGAUGUACACCACCCACAAAUAUCCACCCCACUCCCUGCAAUCUCAAAACCGCCACAAGCAAUCGUACCCCCACAGAAGGUCAUCAGAUCUCUCGCCUCAUACAGAUCCAAGGCUCCCCAGGAGCUCUCCUUCCAGAAAGGCGACUUCUUCUACGUCGUCCGCGACGUCUCAGCACAAGGAGAAUGGUUCGAGGCUCACAAUCCUUUGACCGGGGCCCGCGGGCUCGUGCCAAAGUCCCUGUUCGAAGAGUUGCACAAGGGUCCUGCUCCUACACCAAAGACAUCACCAGUCCCUACCCCACUCACACCAGUCUCACCACGAACGCCAGGCUCUCGCGCACCCAAGACACAAGCCUUCUACGCCAUCGUCCUCCACGACUUCAUCGCCGAACGGACAGACGAACUCGACGCCAAAGCCGGCGACUCCAUCUCCGUCGUCGCGCAAUCCAAUCGGGAAUGGUUCGUCGCGAAACCGAUCGGGAAGCUCGGGAAACCGGGUCUGAUCCCGGUGACGUUCGUGGAGGUGCGAGAUCCAGUGACGAACCAGCCAGUGAAGGAUAUCAACCAGUUGAUGGACAGCGGCAGCUUGCCGAGGGUGGAGGAGUGGAAGAAACAGAUUAUUAACUACAAGGCGACGUCGAUCGCGCUCGGCACGCUGGACGAUAUGCCGGGAUAUUCGUCGAGUCCGUUUAUGACUUCGGCACCGGUGCCGGAGAUGCCAGAACCUGCACAGGAGGAAGAGACGACGCCAUCGCCUGUGGACGAACGACGAUCGACUCCUUCUUCCUCUUCGGGCAUCCUACCUGAAGGUCUCCUCCUCACCGCCGACGUCCCAUCUUUCCACCUCGAGAUGGACGAUUAUUGGUUCCGGAUCCACGCCACUUAUCAACCGUACGGUCCAGCCGGUUCCAGCGACCUUCCCAAAGCGAUGGACCUCGUCAUCUUCAGGACCUACCAAGAAUUCUACGAGUUCCAGAAAUCACUCAUCGCCUCCUUCCCCCGCGAAUCUGGUGAGAUCCCAGAAGCACCACGCAUACUGCCGUUCAUGCCCGGCCCGUCGAACAACGUCGACGAUCAGUUGUCGAAGAUGAGACAGGAAGAGCUCCGGGAGUACAUGCAGAAGUUCUCUGCGUUGAGCCGGUCAACGGCGCGGUACAUGGUCGAACACCAUCUGACGAGACAGUUCUUCGCUCUGAAGCCGGGAGACGUCGAGAAUGAGGUGGAGCCGCAAUUUGUGAGGAUGGAACAGGCGGGGUGGUAUGAUCCUGUGGAGGAGCCGGAGAUCAUACUUCCUGCGCAAGCAGAGGCGGUGCUAGAGGAGACUCUGGCGCAGAUGAAGGUAUCACGACCGUAUGCCGAUAGCGAGGGCUCGGAUUAUGGAGACGAUGAUGCGCAUAUCCAGGAUCCUCCACCCGAACUACGACAGGACCCGUCGAAACUUCCUUACAAUGGCAACGGCAACGGCAAGCUCGUGACGGAGCAGUACCAGAGCAGUCUGCGAUCCCGUUCCUCUGGCUCUUCGUCCUCGCGAUGGCCCGAACAAUCCCACUCCUCACACAACACACAAGCUACUUCCCCCGUCUCCGUCGCGCCCUCCCAACCCCGCUCAUCCAUGACCGACGCCUCCUCCCGCUCGCGCUCCCAAUCCCUCGCCUCGUCCGCCCAUCCCACCUCCAUGCACGCGAACCACGCGCACGCCCACACGCCCUCCAUCUCGAUGACGAACCCGCAGACGGCGUUCAUCAAGAUCAAGAUCUUCGACAGGGUGACGGACGAUCUGAUCGCGAUCCGCGUCCAUCCGAAGGUGACGCACGAGCAGUUGAUGGACAAGGUGCAGACGCGGUUGGGGGGCAAGGUCGAGAAGCUGAGUUAUAGGGAGAGCUUAGGCAACCGAGGGGAGGACUUCGUGCCCUUGGCGCAGGACGGGGAUUUGAGGCAUUGGUUGGAGAACACGGAGAAGCAUGUGUUGUAUGCUGAUUGAGUCGGGUGGUGAAGUGGUGUGAUGCUGUGGUAUGACACGAUUACGAUUGUGGCGGAUCGGACGGAUUCUGGAUUCGUGUUUCUCUUUUUUCGUUCUGUAUGGACUAGGCUGGCCCUUUGUCUUUGCGUUGCCCCUUUGUCUUUGCGUUGCGCCCCACUUCUUAGCCUCCACCUUUUUUUUUCGCCGCACGACAAUAUGGGCCGAUCUGUUUUCUUCGUUCGUUUUGCUAAUUUUCGUCUUUUCGUUCGUUUUCUUCGCUUUGACCUCUCACGAUUUGUGUGUGUUUUCCCCCUCUCACCAUUCUGUGUUCCUCCCUCGAGCUCUCUAGUAUACAUACUCUCAUCCGUAUCCACAUGUCAACUUCUUCUCGAUUUAUUCUCCCACACGGGUAUUUUGUUCUUGUCACGAUGUCAUGUCGAUGUCGACGAUCUCACUCUGACGAUCUGUUUUCCCAUUUUCCUAUUUUCCCUUCACACUUUCGAUGAUGUUUUUUCUAGUCUCUCUGUCUCUGUUUCUGUUUCUGUUUCUGUUUCUGUUUCUUCUCGAGUCUCUAACCUGAUCACUACUCCGACUUACUCCUUACUUAUACUCCUGUAGCCGUGGCGGCAUUGACAUUGACGGUGUUGUGCCAUUACUCCAUUAACUUGUUACAUUUUCGACUUGCGAAUGAGGAUAGAUUCAGACGCAGAACUUCCCUGUUGCUUGUUUUGAGGCUCUGCGCGGGCUUCGCUUUUCCAGCUGAGCUGGUUUCUCCGUGGGAAGUUCCUCGGGAGCCUGAGGCUUCACAACAUUCGUUUUUUUGUCUAUUUUCCUUUCUCAUGUUCUUGUUCAUGAUGAUGAUGAUGAUUGCUACUUUCCUCAUGGUGCUCGCUCACCUACGUCCUUCCACGCUGGCAUUUCUUUAUUCACUUAUUGCGCCUUACAUCUACACUUUAUAAGUUAUGUUUUUUCCUCCUCAGGAAAUUAGUUCUCUAUUCAGUCAACUACCAUUACUAGACGCCCUUAUGUUCCAUACGAGUCUAUGCACGUAUAUAUAUCUGUUCGCC